CAGAACUGCUCCAGUUUCUAUUUACUUUCCCACUCCUUUUGAGCUUAAUCCACUUUGAGAGCUCCCCCCUCCCAAUAAGCCUGCAGUCUAUAGCAAAAUGCCAUUAUAGGACAUCAUUUGAGCCAAUUCGAGCAGUGGCACGGCUGCUUGGGAAAUGAAGGCGAGCACAUGAUGGUUACCUUCGCUUACCUGGCGUGGGCCGCAUUGGAAGAGGGCGACGAAGCGGAGGUGUCCCUUGGCAUUGGAACGCGACGGUAGCUUUCGUCACCACUGACUAUUGUUUGUCUUUUUGCGCUUCCUUUCCCCGGCGCGCUCGCGGUGGGGUUGGGUUCCGUUGCAGCAUCACUACCGACCCUUGUCGCGUGCGGUGUUGCUAUGCAUUCCGACCUUGCACGCAGGAAGCACCGGUAACGGCAAUGGUAACUUUCCAAUGGAGCACCUAUAUAUAUGCAGCGGCUGAACCCGCAUCGUUGGGGGGUUCUCGCGGCUUUCACUCUUUCGGUGCUUCUCUCCUUCAGCCCUCUGCAUGGUUCCUGGUCCCGUUAAGUUGGUUGACCACAGUUUUGGUGUUGUUGUUCUUGUCUACCUCGCACAUUUGCUUGUCUCGCCCAGCCCAGGCAGACACAUCUAGUCGAUAAAGCAUACACAACGACAAGGCUUAGAACCCGGGAUUUUCCAACCACCCUCAAAAUGGUGUCGAGCAACGCGUGCCUGGCCAUCCUGGCCUUUGCCCGCCUCGCUCUCGUUGACGCCGGCAGCAUCCACCGCCGUGAUUCCGUCCCGGCCCCCUAUGUUGCCGCCCCCUACUAUCCCACGCCACAUGGCGGUUGGGCACCUGAGUGGGCCGACAGCUACGCCAAGGCGAAGCUCUUGGUUGAGCAAAUGACUCUCGCCGAAAAGGUCAACAUCACGUCCGGAAGCGGUAUCUUCAUGGGCCCCUGCGUCGGCAACACGGGCAGCGCCGAAAGGCUCGGUUUCCGCCAGCUCUGCCUCCAGGACUCGGCCCUGGGUGUCCGACAGACGGACCACAUCACCGUCUUCCCCGCCGGUAUCACCACCGGAGCCACCUGGGAUAAGGAGCUGUUCAGGGCUCGCGCAGAGGCUCUGGGUAAGGAGUUCAAGGGCAAGGGAGCCAACAUUUGGCUCGGGCCCGCCGUGGGCCCGAUUGGCCGCAAGCCUCGUGGAGGCCGCAACUGGGAGAGUUUUGGAGCCGACCCUGUCCUGCAGGGAAAGGCUGGUGCCAUCACCAUCCAGGCCGUUCAGGCACAAGGCGUCAUCGCAACCAUUAAGCACUUGAUCGGAAACGAGCAGGAGAUGUAUCGCAUGACCCACAUCUUCCAGGAGGGUUACAGCGCCAACAUCGACGACCGCACCCUGCAUGAGAUCUACCUCUGGCCGUUUGCUGAAGGCGUUCAUGCUGGUGUCGGUGCCGUCAUGACUGCCUACAACAAUGUUAACGGCUCUGCUUCCACCCAAAACUCGAUGCUUAUCAAUGGCAUUCUCAAAGAUGAGCUUGGUUUCAACGGCUUCGUCAUGAGUGAUUGGCUGAGCCAGAACAGUGGAAUCGCAAGUGCCCUUGCUGGUCUUGACAUGUCCAUGCCGGGUGACAUUCACACAGUCCCGCUGGCUCUGGGCCAGAGCUUCUGGAACUAUGACCUCAGUCGUUCGGCUUUGAACGGAUCCGUCCCCAUGGACCGACUGAACGACAUGGUGACGAGGGUCGUCGCUGCCUGGUACCAGAUGGGCCAGGACAAGGACUACACCGACGUCAACUUCUCCUCUAACACGGACAAGGAGACCGGCCUUCUUUACCCUGGCGCGCUCUUCUCACCCUCCGGAAUCGUCAACAAGUUUGUCGAUGUGUCUGCAGACCACUGGAAGGUUGCCCGUGAGAUUGCCCAAGACGGAGUCACGCUUCUGAAGAACGACGACAACGUGCUUCCCCUGAGCAAGUCCCGUCCCCUGCGCGUCUUCGGCACUGGCGCCGCCGUCAACCCCGAUGGUCCCAACGGCUGCACGGACCGAAACUGCAACAAGGGAACCCUGGGUAUGGGCUGGGGAUCCGGCACUGCUACCUACCAAGUGUUCCACGACCCCAUCACCAGCAUCAAGAACAACUCGGCAGAUGUGACGUACUACCAAACCGACAAAUUCCCCAGCGUGCCCACACCGGGUGAUGACGACGUUGCAAUGGUCUUCAUCAGCUCCGACUCUGGUGAGAACACGUAUACCGUCGAGGGCAACCACGGAGACCGGGACAACUCUGGACUGAAGGCCUGGUACGGCGGUGACGACCUCAUCAAGAAGGCCGCUGCCAAGUACAAGAGCGUCAUUGUUGUUGCCCACACGGUCGGUCCGCUCGUCAUGGAGGACUGGGUGAACCUGCCCUCCGUCAAGGCGGUCUUGAUCGCCCAUCUGCCCGGUCAGGAGGCCGGUCACUCCCUGGCCAACGUGCUCUAUGGUGACGUUUCGCCCAGCGGUCAUCUGCCCUACUCGAUCCCUGUCAGCGAGGAUGACUACCCCGAGAGCACCAAGCUUCGGGGCUUUGUAUUUGGCCAGGUUCAGGACACCUACUCUGAGGGACCAUACUUUGACUACCGCUUCCUCCAAAAGAACAACAUCAAGCCCCGGUUCGCCUUUGGCCACGGCCUCAGCUACGCCAACUUCACCUUCUCCGAUGCCACCAUCCGCCGCGUGACGCAGCUCAGCAGCACCCCGCCUCCUCGCCAGGCCAAGGGCCCCACUCCCGUCUACAGCAACGCGCUCCCCCAGGCGUCCGAGGUGUACUGGCCCGAGAAGUUCAACCAGAUCUGGCGCUACCUGUACCCUUACCUGAGCAAUAGCGACGCCGACAACGCCGCCAAGGACGCCUCCAAGAAGUACAACUACCCCGCCGGCUACAGCAGCGAGCAGAAGCCCGGCCCGGCUGCCGGCGGCGGCCAGGGCGGCAACCCUGCCCUCUGGGACGUUGCGUACGAGAUCACGGUCAAGGUCUCCAACGACGCCGCCGCCAGCCAUGCCGGCAAGGCCGUCGCCCAGCUGUACAUGCAGUACCCCGAGGGCAUCCCCUACGACACUCCCAUCGUGCAGCUGCGCGACUUUGAGAAGAGUGACCCCAUCGCACCGGGCGAGAGCACCGAGCUCAAGCUCACCCUCACCCGCCGCGACGUCAGCGUCUGGGACGUCGUGUCGCAGAACUGGGUCGUGCCCCAGGUCGACGGACGCUACAAGUUCUGGAUCGGCUCGGCCAGCGACAAGCUGUUCCUCGCCUGCUACGCCGACACUCUCACCUGCGAGAGUGGCCUAGCUCCUCCGGCAUGAAGUGGGGAAGCCUUUCCUGGAGAGGAGUUUUGAAUGGGGAAGAAACUUGAUAUGAUAUGACCUUUUUUCUACUGAACAUACUUAUUUAUAUAUGAUUUCAUGUAUUCAAACAAAUGAAAUGAAGUAAUGUUUCUUUGUAAACUUGUCCAGAUUAAAUUCCGUCAGUGUGAAUAAACAAUAAAUAACGG